AGUUAUCUUAUAGCAUUGCAUACAAACCUGACGCUCCUUGUGAGCCUUAAUGGUGUUAGUUACAAAGCAGUAAAAAAAACAAAACAAAAAAAAAAAAAAAAAAAAAACAAAACAAACUUGUUUUUGGUUAGCUGGAGGGAACGUCGAUCAAAGACGCACGGUGACACCCGAGAGGACAGGGUACUGUGAGCCGUAGGGCUGGUUAACUGCUUAAUAAAAUAUCACAAACUGGUUUUCCACGCAGGGGGCAGUACCACUGCGCCAGAGGUUCAAGCUUUACCCGCCAAGUGUUGCCCAGGGUAAAGACAGAUACAGCCAUGAAUGCCCCCAAGGGUGGGCUGGUUAUAUUUACAGCCAACUCCAACCCUUCUUGCAUGGAGCUUGGAAAGCGGAUUUCAGAGCGUCUUGGUGUGGUGCUUGGUAAAGUGCAGGUUUACCAAGAGACAAACAGGGAAACUAGAGUACAAAUCCAGGAUUCUGUAAGAGGGAAAGACGUCUUUAUCAUUCAGACAGUUUCCAAAGACGUCAACACUGCGAUCAUGGAGCUCCUCAUCAUGGUGUAUGCCUGCAAGACCUCCUGUGCCCGCAGUAUCAUUGGAGUCAUUCCCUACUUCCCCUACAGCAAGCAGUGCAAGAUGAGGAAAAGAGGCUCCAUCGUGUCCAAGUUAUUGGCGUCCAUGAUGUGCAAAGCUGGACUAAAUCACCUGAUCACGAUGGAUUUGCAUCAGAAAGAAAUUCAGGGUUUCUUUGACAUUCCGGUAGACAAUCUGAGAGCAUCGCCGUUCCUCUUGCAGUACAUUCAAGAAGAGAUUCCGGACUAUAGAAAUGCAGUAAUUGUGGCCAAAUCUCCGUCUUCAGCUAAAAGGGCACAGUCCUUUGCUGAGAGGUUGCGGUUGGGGAUUGCAGUAAUUCAUGGGGAAGCCCAGGAUGCAGAGUCUGACCUGGUGGACGGGCGUCACUCUCCACCGACUGUCAAAAACAUAGGAGCCAUUCACCCCAGCCUUGAUAUACCCUUGCUAAUUCCAAAAGAAAAACCACCUAUCACAGUUGUGGGAGAUGUUGGUGGGAGGAUAGCCAUUAUAGUGGACGACAUUAUUGAUGAUGUUGACAGCUUUUUAGCUGCUGCCGACACACUUAAGGAGAGAGGUGCUUACAAAAUCUACGUGAUGGCAACUCACGGGAUCUUGUCCUGCCAUGCCCCGCGGUUGAUAGAAGAAUCAGCAAUUGAUGAGGUGGUAGUGACCAACACCAUCCCUCAUGAAAUCCAGAAGCUGCAGUGCCCCAAGAUCAAGACUGUGGACAUCAGCAUGAUCCUGUCCGAAGCCAUUCGACGGAUCCACAAUGGGGAAUCCAUGUCCUACCUCUUCAGGAAUAUCGGGGUGGAUGAUUGAAACCUUCCUUUUCAAACCAGACUCAAGUCUUCUGACUUGUGGGUGGUGUGUGUGUAUGAUGGGAAUGUUAUGUUUAAUUAAGAGGGGCCAAUUUUUGUUAAAAUGAUCAAAAACAAAGAAAUUACAGAUAGACUUUUUUUUUUUUUGGUUGCACUAUGAAGGUUGAGCUAAUGCAGGAUUUUUAUUUAUUUAUUUAUUUGUAGCAGUGAAGAAUGAAUGCAGAGGUUGUUGUAAUGGACUUGUGCAUUUGAAAGACAGAACUCUUAAGGAUGUCAAGGACAGGUCUAUAAUGAAUGGUAACUUUAUUAUUUUUAUGCAUCAAAGCCUAUAUUCCUGGAGCAAACCGGGAGGAAAUCAACUUGAAUUAUUACAGAAGUCUGUUCAGUAGUUUCUAUGCCUUCCGAGCUGGGAUCAGGGCAGGGUAACUGGUGCCAAAAGCUUCAUCUAGAAUUUGAAUAUCUUCAAUAUUAUUAUUUGUUUUCUGUUUAUUUAAGAGUGGUCUCAAACAAGCUUUUGGACUAAGUGUGGUUGUUGAUAAUAGUAAUGCAUACAAAUUAAAAAAAAAAAAAAAAAAAAAAAAAAAAA